GUGGGCGGUGCUAAAGAGCGGAAACAUUUCAUAACAUGUUGUAGGAACACCUCACAGAUUGUAUUCCUUUUGUGGUACAAUGGUUGAAAUGGUUCACCUACAGGGUGGUGCCAAGUGUUGAAACAAACUGCAGUACGAGCGGGGUUUCAGUUCUUACGUAAAGGCUAUAUUAUACUGAGUUUAAGAUGGCUGCAUCUCUGGCCAACAGAGCGAUAGGAGCCGUCGUAGGAUCAGCUGUGGCAGAUGCAGCAGCGCAGCCCCUCCACUGGGUGUACGACCUCCAGAAGCUGCAGGGGAUUCUGGCUCAGGAUCCAAACCCUGAGUUCCGCUCUGAGUCGGUCAACCCUUUCUACAGGAGGCAGACGGGCCAGCAGAGCUGCUAUGGAGACCAGGCGUUUGUCCUGCUGGAGUCCUUGUCUGAAUGUGGAGAUCUAAAUGUUGACGAUCUGAAGCAGCGUACACUGAAAUUCUUUGGGCCUGGAUCAGAAUAUGACACGCCUGUCAACGAUCCUUACAGAGAGAGAGGAGGGCCGAGACCUCAGCUGCCUAUCGAGGGACCAUGGAGACAUGGGAGUUUGAAGAGCUUUCUGAAGAAUGUGGAUGCAGGCAAAGAGGAGACAGGCUGUGAGAACGACUGUCAGGUUGAUGGAAUAGCCAAACUGGCACCGAUAGUGGCUUUUUACGCAGGAAAGCCUGACAUGCUGGAAAAGGUUGAGCAGGCAGUCCGUGUCACCCAGAACAAUGAUGCAUGUGUGGCAGAGACUCUGGCAGCUGCAAGGUUCCUGGAGUAUUUCAUCCUGAACGGUCCUGAUCCAAAAGCCUUGGACUCGGUGCUCGAUCAGCUCAGUGACCCGAACAGAAAGCAGCCCCAGGAUCUGGACAAAGCAGUCAUUGGGCACAUUCAUCAGGUGAAGGAGAAUUUAUCAAAGACUCCUCAGGAGCUAAUCCCCACUGUGUUUCCAAACACAUGAGGUUUGCCAGGUGCGUUCCAAGCAGCGCUGCAUGGAGUCCUGACAGCCAAGCACUACGAGCAGGCUGUCAGAGAUACCAUGAGCUGCGGGGGUUGCACCUGCAGCAGAGGAUCCUUCAUCGGAGCCUGUCUUGGGGCUCAGAUUGGACUCGAGGGAAUUCCAGCUUCCUGGACAUCCAAAACCCUGCGUCAUGACUCCGUGUUGGAGCAUGCCGUGAAGAUAACCAAACACCACCAAUAGUUACUCUUUUUCUGGCAGUGUAAUGUGUUUUACAAUCUGAGGUGGCUGAGAACAAAAUGAAAAACUGUUGAGCUUUCACAGAACAGUGAAUGAACGUUCUUGUCUAAACUGUUGGACGGCAAGAGCCAGAUGCUUUUGUCUCUGUUAAAGUUAAACAUGUUUGUUCAGAUGUUCAGUAACUGAGUCUUUCUGCAAUAAAGUAAUUCUGAAAAAAAUAUGUUAUGUGCAGGGUUGAACUAUGAUGCAACCUAUGUUGACCAGUGAUGGUAAAACUCAUUAUGAAAAUAAAACUAAUAAUAAAGCACUAACUAUGUUUCAUUAAAA